AUGGAGUACCUAACUAGACUAUUGGCUCACAAUGCUGGUAAAAAAGGUUUUGGAUUCCACCCUUUGUGCAAACAUCUUAGAUUAACUAACCUUUGCUUCGCAGAUGAUUUGAUCAUUUUUUGCAAAGGUAACUUCAACUCGGUGAGAUACAUUCAUGAUGCCUUCAAGAGAUUCUGUGAUUCUUCAGGUCUUUCAGCGAAUAAAACUAAAUCUAAUGUCUUCUUUGGAGGCGUUAAGGAUGAAGCUAAACUCAAGAUUCUUGAUCUUAUGCAAAUGGAUGAAGGUACCUUCCCUUUGAAGUACUUAGGAGUUCAUCUUAGGCCUACUAAAUGGAAGGCUGCAGAUUGUGGGGUGAUCCUGGAUAAAUUGCACAAGAACCUUAACUGCUGGGCGAGUAGGAACUUAUCCUUUGCAGGGCGGGCUCAGCUUAUUCAUUCAGUGCUGCUUGGUAUUAGGAACUUUUGGAUGGGUAUCUUCAUUCUGCCUUCUAAAGUCACAGCUGCUAUUGAUAAAUGUUGUCGCGAUUUCCUUUGGGGUUCUAGAGGAAAUAGGAGUAAGCUUCAUCUCCCUUCAUGGGAGAAGGUGUCUUCCGAAAAAGUUGGGUGGAAUUGGCUUUCGUGA